AUGGCUGACACACUUUCCGCAGAUACUACAGUGGUAGUGGUCCUAACCUCCACUUCCACAAUUAUCCCCAGCCUGGCUCUGCCAACUCCAGAAACAACACCUGGAGGACCAUCCACAGAUGCAACAGCACCACCCAUAACAUCCGAUGCCUCACAAGCGUUUUCUAGCGCCGUCACAACUCUGCUCAUCACCACCCACCGAACCUUGAUCAACUCAGACUCGGCAAUUCCUUUUAGCUCUGCUACUGGUUUAGACAAUUCUCCAGCAGUUACGGCUUCUUCACAGGCAGCGGCAUCAUCAUCAUCAUCCUCACCAGCAGCUAGCCAUGGGUCUUCAGGACUAUCAUCCGGCGGCAUCAUUGCAUUGGCCGUAGCUGUGCCAUGUGGAGUGAUUACUAUUUUUGCACUUGUGGGUAUUUUCUUUUGGAGGCGGCACCGGCGCACCAAAGCUAUUAGGUCCCAGCGUCUUGCCGAGAUUCGUGACUAUGGAUUUAAUCCGAAUAUUCGUCACGACGACGAUUCAGAUGACGAAAAUAACAGAGAAAGAUCUCGCGGAACUGAUGACGACAUGCUGGGCCCCACUUUUGGAGGCAAUGGCCGCCGGCUGGGCGCAAACGGUAAGGAACGACCAGACAGUUUGGCUACUCUACAUGGGUCCGGGAAUGUUUUUGGAGAAAAGGCUUCAAGCGAUGACCCAGCAUCGGGCAAUUACCGUGGAUGGGGGCCUGCUCCUCCAACGACACCAGCUGUAACGGCUAUUCCUUCAGGUCUCGGGGUCGGUGCUAUUAGCGGUGCAAUGACGGGUCAGCAGCAGCAGCAGCAGCAACAACAACAACAACAACAACCACAGAUGACACAAGUUUAUGGAGACUCUCCUCCACUGCCACAGUCAGUUAUGCCUCUGCAAUCCGGACCUGCAGCUGCACCCACCACCACCCCUGCGCCAGGUGCAAUUUCUGUAGCAGCUGCUGCCUUCUUACCCCACGAUGGUAGUAGCCCAUACAAUGCAACUUAUACCACUGGGCCUUCGACCCCCGGCAGUAUCAAUGCGACCGCUGUUUCGUACACAUCUUCCGACCCGUAUGAGCGGUCAGCCGAGGGCCUUGUUCCCCAUUGUGGUUCCGUGUCCCCUGAUGCACGCACCCUUGGUGCCUCGUCUCCUCCUGGGGCUUAUCCAUUAGGUUCCGGCCAAGUACAGGGUCUUGAUAAUAAUAAUGGCUCCUAUUAUUAUAACUCGUCUGUCACUUCACCUUCUGCACAGUAUAAUAAUACCCUUACAACCUACGAGUCUUCUGGGUACCCUACAUACGCUGUGGGACAACCGGUGGGAUCCAUGAGCAAUGGGAAUGCACCAUUAAUCUCUCCAAUUUCAUCGACUACAGAUGCAGCGACUGAAGCAGUGGCUACAGCCAUCACUACAGACCAUGCAGUGCCAUCUGCAUCAACAGCCAGUGUGCCUCGGACUUAUGGCAGCAAUAGUAAUAUUGACACGGCAUUGACAGGCCCUACUAGUGCAGGAAGUGGAGCCACUAAUUUUGUGCCUCCCUAUUCCUUGCAAAACCAUCAAUAUCCUUCACGUGAAGAUAUCAGGAAGGUGGCCUCAAACUUUUAG